CUGCUAGUACCUACUGCUAUUACUAUUACUACUAUUACUACUACUACUACUACUACUUCUACAAAUACUACGACUAGACGGGACUCUGCGACGAUCUCCAUCGCGACCAUGACGCUCGUCUUCGGCAUCCUCGUCGCGUUCGUCUCCGCCGUCGGCUGUCAGACGUAUUUGCCAUCGAAUGAAAUGGCCAAAAGAUCGUACCAAAGCUAUACACCGUAUAAUGGUACAACAGUGCAAUAUUAUUUGGAUGACGUUGAUGAUAUAGAUGAUGAAGACACGGACGAAGACGACCUGAAAUCUGAUGAUGAUGAUCGGACUUACAAAAAUCCAAGAAAGCUACCAUCAUCCGAAUGUCCCAGAAACGAAGAUCAAGCAGCAUUCAUGGGACAAUCAUGUUUACGAAAAUGUUCGUCUGAUGAAGAUUGUAAAAGUAAGAAAAAACAUUGUCUCUGUGAUGGACUUUGUGGGAUGUCAUGUGUAAAACCAGAGAGAGAAUGCGACGAAUUGCCGAAUCCGGAACACGGCGUUGUACAAAUGACCGGAAGACUAUUUAGUGACAAAGCUACUUACAGUUGCGAGAUUGGAUAUCAGUUGAUUGGCAGAGACCACAGAAUUUGCCACGCCACCGGCUCGUGGUCUGGUGUAGCACCUUUCUGCAAACAAAGUGUGUUUUGCAAAUCUCCUCGUGUAAUCGAAAAUGCAGGUAACAAUGCUUUUCCGGAUCAGCAAACAUUUGACGUCGGAUCUGAAGUUGAGUACCGAUGUAAAGACGGAUUUACGAUGAGAGGUUUCGCCAAAGCUAAAUGUUUGGCAAUGGAUAUAUCAGCUUCGUGGUUUGGACCAGAUAUAACAUGUGAACCGAGAACUUGUGGCUCUCCUGGUGUAAUUCCAAACGGUUGGCAUCAAGGCGACUGUUCAGACUUCGGCUGCCGUGUAUUCUACAAGUGUUUGAACGGUUACGAACUAAUUGGAAAAUCGGAACGUCUCUGUCAUUCGGACGGAUAUUGGGUACCAAAAGAUUUACCCUCGUGUGUGCUGGUUUCAGCGGUUGACUGCGGUCCUCCCGAAAGUCCGUUCAACGGAAACGCGGUAUUCACGUCUACGUCCUACAAUUCGGUAGUAUCAUACGAAUGUAAAUACGGAUAUAUACUAUCCGGUGAGCCGACUAGGAGGUGCGGUGCAGAUGGCAAGUGGUCAGGCACAACGCCAAUAUGUCAAGAGAUAGAUUGCGGAUCUCCGGGAGAGCUUCAUAAUGGUUGGCUAGAGAACACUGAAAGCGGCACUGGUCUAGGCACAACGAUUAUUUACCGAUGUCAAGACGGAAUGCUUCUUGUAGGGAAUUCUUCGACAGUGUGCCUUGCCGAUGGACAGUGGCGUUAUCCACCACCGCUAUGUCUAGCUCCAUGUGUCGUGCCGGUUAUCCAACAAGGUUAUGUGAAUAUCACUCGAUCGAACGAUUCUACUCCUUAUACACCGAAAACAACUAGUGGUUCUAUUUUAGCAAAACACGGUGACAAACUGUCUGUAAAGUGCAACGCAAAAUAUGAGCCAGCUGUUGGGAACAACGAUCUUGCUACGUGUAAUAAUGGUACAUGGACUUACAUACCGAAAUGCGAACCAGCACAUUGCAAACGUCUACCACUGAUUCCAAAAAACGGCAUAGUUCUGGCACCACGAAUGGGUCAUGGUGCCAAAGCAAAGUUUUCUUGUCGAGAUGGCUACGCACUAGUGGGGGACCGAUACACAGAAUGCCGGUACGGAAAUUGGUCCGGAGAAACUCCAAAAUGCGACGAAGUUUAUUGCACUUUUCCUGGUUAUAUAGAAAACGGUAAAGUUUUAUUAGUGGGAAGUAUGGGUGUUUAUGACUAUAGACCAUAUGUUCGUAAGAUAAAAAACAACAAGCAAAUCUCGUUUGAAUGCGAUCGAGAAUAUGUAAUCGAAUCAGGACCUGUGGGUGCAACCUGUAUCGGAGGAAAAUGGAGUCCCGGAUAUCUACCGAAAUGCGUACCGUCAAUACAUCCGAAACUCAGGCUCAGUAGAUCUAUAAAGAAUAGUACUGAAAAUAAUACAAAUGAACUGAUUACAGAAAAACCAGGUUCUUAUCGAAUCGUUAAUUUAAUAAGCUCUAUAAAAGCUUGGUGGAAAAGAAGUAAACGUGCAUUAUCAGCACAAAAUCAACAAGUUAUGAAAGCCAAACAAACAUCUAAUAAAGAUCAAACAGCUAAAAAUCCUGGAGUAAAUAGAGGAUCUAGAGGUCGGGAAUCUGGGGAUUUAUCUUUCAAAGAUUAUGACACUGAAGAUGGUAAUUCUACAAUAGAUGGAGAAAAAGCACCGCACAAAGGUUCUAAAGGAAAAGGCAAACAUGGAAAACGAAAAGUUGGUCCUUGCGAACCUCUAAAAAAUAGCUCCAAUAUACAUAUUGAAAUAGUGAGGCCAGGGAGGCACGUAAAUGUAACUCAUUCACAUGGAACUUUAUUAAAAGUUACGUGUGAUCAUGGUUACCAACCUAACGUGGCAAAUGGAACAGCCAAAUGCUGGAGAACUCGAUGGAAGCCAGCAAAACCCGACUGCAAACUUAAACCUUGUUUAAUACCAUACUCAGCUAAUGGUUUUUACAGUAAAGUGGAACCCACGUAUUUAAAUGUAACUGAAAGUUCAGAGUUUAUGGAUGGUGAAGUCGUAACUAUUACAUGUUUUCCUGGGUUUAAUUUGAAAGGCCCUUCUAGAAUGGAAUGUAGAAAAGGCGACUGGGAUAUUGGAACUAUUUCUGAAUGUACUCCUGCUCCAUGCGAGUUGCCGGGUAUAACACAUGGACAAUACUUACUUGGAUAUCGAGCAGGUCUUACGAUAGCGAAUGGAUCAUUCGUUACCUUCCAAUGCGAUCCAGAGUUCAUAAAAACUACAUCAGUUUCUAUUGAAUGUGUAUUAGGUCGAUUAGUUCCCAAAGUUCCUUCCUGUAAAAGAGAUGGCGGAUUAUUCAUUACCGGUGCGGAUAUUUUGAAAAAAAGCGAAUUAGGCACCAUUGAUCUUUUGUCUGGACUUCGAGGAUCUUGCGGGCCCCCAGAAUCGGUCCACGGAUCAAUGGUGUUUAGAAAUGGAGAAUUAUUAAAAGACGCAGAAAAAAGUUUCCCCGAUGGAACAGAAGUAACAUUUAAUUGCAUCGGAAACAUAAUAGACGAAAAGGUCACAUGGAGAAUACGAUGUGAGGACGGUAACUGGAUUGGUCGAUCAUUAAAUUGCACGAAACCCGUUGAAACUAUGAAUUCCACUUUAGACAACACCACUUGUAUGUUUCGAAACAGCGAGCCUAACGUGGUGACGUUUAUAGGUGACACGAUGAUCACGAACGAAUUAACUGAGUUUAAUGCAGGAACGGUUUUGGUAUCUCGAUGUUCAGACAUUGGAAAAUAUGCAAUGGAAGGAUCCAACAGGCGAGUAUGUUCGAAUGGUGAAUGGUCCGGACAACGUCCAGUUUGCUUUGGGCUUAACCAAGAAAACGAUUAUGCACUGGAAAAACCUCCAACAAUACUGUUUCGCCAUCAACUAGGACCAAUAGCACAGAGUAACGAGGGACGACUAGUCGUUUACCCAGGAACUAUAUUGCACAUGGAGUGUUUGUGGAUCAAACGAUUCGGCACUCCGAAAUGGAACGUCAGUCAUUCGUUCCGAAAGUAUCCCGAGGGAUGGACCACCGACCCCGGCCGAGACCCGGAUCUCGAAUACAGGUUGAGUAUAUAUCACGCGAGUAGAGACGACUCCGGGCUGUUUUCUUGCAUCACUCCUACCAGGCACACUCAUUCUGUUGAAAUAAUCGUAAAAGCCGUGCACUGUCCUUCUAUCCCGUCGAAACGAAGUUUGAUCAUUGGUUCGCAAAACACAAAACUAAACUCUCGCGUAAAGUUUUCUUGCGCUAGAGGCAACAAUUUGAUCGGGACCACUGAAAUCGUUUGUUUGCCUUCGGGUAACUGGAGCGAUCCAAUCCCCACAUGCGAGAUCAUCGAGUGUGAAAAGAUCGAUAACCUAACCGACCCAAAUUUACGAAUAGCUACGCUCAGUCGUCAAGUGGGGGGUGAAAUAAUGUUCAGCUGUAUGCAAGGAUUCGGACUCGACGGGCCAACACAUUCGACGUGUCUGCCAACGGGUGAAUGGGAACAGCCGUUCCCUACAUGUGCAGCGGUCACUUGUCCCUGGCCAGGGGACCCGCCGCACGGUUACGCGGCCGUCUCGCAAAACUCAUACAGGCCUGGCGAACACGUGUCCAUCAGCUGCGAACCGUACUACGUGUUGGACGGUCAGCCCAAGCUCGUUUGUGGGGACAAUGGAGAGUGGUCAGCGCCAAUGCCAAUCUGUGUUCAAGCUUGCCCGUACCCAGGCACAGUUAUCCGAGGUCGGAUGUCCACUGUCAAGUUUUAUUACGCCAUCGGUGACGUGAUCACCUUCAGCUGUGAUGAGAACUUGAAAAUCAAAGGCGCUUCUGUGCUACGAUGCCUCAAAUAUGGAAAAUGGUCAAACUCCAUACCGACUUGUGUGUCCAGGAAUGAAACUCAGCGAACCUAGUAGAUUCGUGUUUCGUCACUCACACAACAUCCCGCCGACAUAUAACGUUAUAAUAUAUAUCUCAUACGACGAUACGUGAAGUAGUCACAAUUAUUCUUUAUUAUUAUUAUUAUUAUUAUUUUGGAUCUCUAAAAUAACGUUUGAGUUUUUAAAAUAUGUAUCGACGUCGUAUUCCCAACAAUACUACAAUAAUAAUAGUAAAAUUCAUAAAAACUUUAAUAAGUUUACUGAGCGUUAAUAUGCGUUUUCGACAACGUGCGAGAAAUUGAAUCGUCUGAAUCAAAAAUUUCAGACGAUCUCAGAAUAUAGUAGAAUUAUACCAUUGAAGAAAUAUAAUUUGAAUAAAUUUCGCUUACGAUUUAUUAUUACACCGUUAUUAGUUAUUACAUAAGUCAUAACAUACAGCUGGUUCAACUUUAUGCCACGCGGUAGUUGGGCUUAGCCGUCUUUUUUCCACUUUGAGCGAGAGUUCAUAUGCUCCGAAAAUGCAUUAUUUGUUUAUUAGUAAACUGAGGCGAGUUAUGUUUAUGACAUACUUGAAUAAUAUGAUUAAACAUUUUAUGAAUUUUUUAGAUUUUAAACGUCACUCUAUAAUGUCCACAAGUAGUUUAAAAACUCGAUCUACAACUAACGUAAAACAAUGUGUGUAUAAAUGUGUUUGUCGCAUAGUACGAGUACCUAGUACCUACCCAUUCUGUUUGUAUAGUAUACAUAAUUUAUUAAAUAUUUAUUAUAUAUAUAUAUUUAUAUAUUGCGUAUUAUUAUUGACAAUAAUAUACAUAUUUAUUUUACCGUUUUCAAUAUAAAAACGGCAGUGAUAUGAUUUUAGAAUCAAAUACAAAUAAACAAAAAUAUAUUAUCAUAAUGUUAUCAAAAGUAGAAUAAAUACCUAUACUAAACCGUAAUAUUAUAGUAAUACAACUUUCUUUUAAUACGCGUCGUUUGACUAUACUCUCUUAUAACG